AUGGAAUCUUGGCAAUAUACGACAGUAAAUAGUAUGAAGGUUCUCAACAAUGCAAAUGAUAUUGAACGUUUUAUAAUCGGUCAAUGUAGUAUAUGGAACAUCGACCAAUGGACACUUGGGGACAAGUUUAUUCAAGGCUUACGACAAUCAAUUCAUCGUUUGCAUAAUGACUUUGUUGAUGGUUUCGAAUAUAUGGAUGAAAUGGGUGAUCUCUGCUUCUUGCUUCUUAUGAUAAAACAACAUUCUGAUAUUCAACAAAAACAGGUCGCCUUCUCUCAUCAUAAAUUAUCGCCAACUACCAUUGGAUCAGGUGGCCAUGAUAAUGUCAUAAUUGAAGAAGGCACGGCUUUCGCAUGGUUGAAACAACGUGCAUAUGAUGAAUUACGUUUAUCCAAUGAGCAACGAGGGCAGUUGACGUCACGUUUCUUGGAUGGUUCAGGACUUCACAUAGCAAAAGCUGUAACAUUUUCACGUGACUAUACCAAAACUUUACAAGAUGGAGAGGCCACCAAUAUUAUAAGACAAAGUAAAUGGAACUCGUGGAAUAAUGGAUGGCGAUACCAUUCAGUGAACAGAGCCGAAAAUGGAUUUUUAAUUAAGAUACCUGAAAUAUUACAGUACAGCAGAACGUGUGGUUACGGUGAAUGGUUUCUAGAACAUUUAUCAAAUAAAAUUAAAUGUUUGAAAAAUCCUACACAAUUUACCAUACGAGAUGGCAAACAAUAUCUGCAAGGUCUUGGAAGAGCCCUAAACUUAACUAGUGCUGAUGGAUGGGAUAUGUUUCAACAAACAUUAUGUUUCAAUAUUGAAUUUAGUGGUAUCAGUGCAACAGAAUUUAAACAAUUGGAAUUCAAAGUCGGUGGCAAAAAUGGUACAGCAACCUAUCUACUCGUGGCAACAAAUGUUGAUUAUAGUUAUAAAGUGACAGUAUGUUAUGCAUAUCAUCAUAUUGAUCAACAUAUUCUGGACCAUGAAGGAUUUACUAUGCAAACAGCUGAUAUGACACUUGAUUGGAUGAGAGCAAAAUCGUGCCAAAGUUUAGCAACUAUGUUACCACCGAGCUUAGCACCACAACUAAUUUAUGAAUAG